CUACAACCAUUUCAUGUUUAACAUGUGUUGAAAGUUAUUGUUUUUUAAAAUUUUGAAGUUCUUGUUAAAUAUUUUGUUGUUUAUCAAUUGAAUUCUCUAAUUAAUUAUAUGAUUGAUUGAAUUCCCAUCUGGAAAUGACGGAUUUUAAGGAAACUAGUGAUGUUACUAUACCUAAGAUUAAAGAGCCUCUUACCUCGGAUGCAUUUUAUUGGCAACACGUGUUAGAGCAACCCAAAAUUGUCAAAGAGGCAGGAAUCAUUGAUAAAUUGGAUUUAAAUGCAUUUAAUAAUGAUUUACUGGUCACAUCCAGAGACAGAAUUUCCAUCUAUAAUGUCAAUAAUCUGGAGUUGAAAAGAACCUAUCAAAGUGUGUCUUCUAGAAAGGUGGAUUUUGUUCGUUGGGCAUCUUACCGUAAAACUGAUUGUAAGCUGUUUACAUCAUCGACAGAUGAAGGAAGAAUCAAUAUAUUUGAUGUCGAUAAUAGUAAACCCUUGAGAGUAAUGAGUUUUAAUUCACCUCAGGCACACACUAAUUCUGUCCGUAAGUCUGAAUUCAUUAGUUACAAUCAAGUGAUAAGUUUCUCUGACGACAAACAUAUAAAGAUAUGGGAUAUUGCUGAUGGAGCUAUGGUCCAAGAAAUUGGUUCAGAUGAAAGCAAUACAAAAACAGCACACGAAGACUACAUUCGUGCUGGUUGUGUUUUUGAUCAAGGAUCUCUUCUGGUAGCUUCUGGUUCUUACGACCAUACAGUUAAAUUAUGGGAUAUUAGGGAAAAAUCACUCAAACCAACACAUCAAUUUAAUCUUAACAAUCCUGUUGAAUCUUUGAUUACCCGUGGAACAUUCUUAAUAGCUGCAGCCUCUAAAACCGUUAAGAUCAUCGAUUUAGUAGCUGGUAAAGUGAUGCAAACUUUACCCAAUUUGCAUAGUAAAACUAUCACUACAUUAUGGAACUAUGACGAUUUUUGGUUUACUGGUUCGCUAGAUGGAAUUGUCAAGAUUUUCGACACCUAUUUUUCAUUAGUCACUUCGUUAAAUUUUGUACCAACUCAAUUAUUAAGUAUGGCUGUAAACUCCAAGGCCUUCUCUGUCGGAGCAGCUGAUGGAACUGUAAUUUCAAGACGCUUCAAGUCGAAGGAUAACGAAGAAAAAGUCAAAGAGCUUCUCAAUGCUCACAUUAUACGUAAACAACAGCAUCAAAGAUAUUUUCAAUUACAACCCGAUGAUGAAGAUUUCAACGAGCAAUUUGCAUCAAUGGACGAUGAUACACUAGUUGUUAAAGAUAUGGAAAGAAAAAAACUGAAUCUACAAUCGUACGACAAAAAACUGAAAAAAUAUCAUCACGCUAAAGCUUUGGAUUUAACUUUGCAACGAGCUGCUAAAAAACCUGAAAUUGUUGUCAGUAUGAUGCAGGAAUUAAGUAGAAGAGGAACUUUACGUGCUUCAUUAGCUGGUCGUGAUGAUCAAGGAUUCCGUUGCAUUGCUAAUUUUCUAAUUAAAAAUAUUCGUGAUCCUCGGUUCAAUCGAGUUUUAGUUGACGUGGCGAUAAUUUUCUGUGAUAUUUAUCGUUCAUCUAUCCAAUCUUCUAAAAUUCAAGCAGAACUAUUCAAGCGUAUGAAAGAUGAAGUCGAAGCUGAAGAAAAAUGUUUAAAGCUCAUGAUGAAUCUUUCCGGACAAAUAGAUAUGUUGCUAAAUAACUCUUUUUCAAAUUGAAGCGAAAAAUUAAAUAUUAUUUUCCUAAUAUAAUUCAGUAUGGUUAUUGCUA